CAUCAAUGGGCACGACCUGCGAACAAGUGACUUACAGGAUAUUUCAUUUUGCAAGCAGAGGCGCCUCCCCCUACUACAGCCGGCCGGUCAGGGUUGACUGUACGAAGCCGUAAACAGGCGGAGGGUUCGCUGUGGUCCGGUUCGCCGGUUAGGUGUCUCCGUGUGAAUGUACACGUUGGUCAAAGUGCAAGGUCCCCUCAGAGCACAUACAGAUAUGAGCUGCGACCGACUCUAGCGACUGCUGCUUCUCGCUUUACCUCCUCAGCUAACUUAUGUGUGCCUUUUUACGCUGUUAGUUUUUUUUUUUAAUAAGCUAGUUUAACUUUUAACCCAAAGAUGUCGUGCCUUUUACUGGGAGUCAUACGAAGGCAGGGUGGUGUUGGGGCGAGUGUCGGGAUUCGAUCUCUGGCCUCCAUCCCCUCACUGCCACCGGCAGUGGCCGACUUUGUGAAGGGGGCGGUGGAGGAGUGUAAGCCUACCAAUGUACAUGUGGUGACUGGGACACCGGAAGAAACAGCCAACAUCCUGGCAGGUCUGGAGCGGGAUGGCAUGGUCAAGAAGCUUCCCAAAUUUGACAACUGUUGGUUGGCACGUACAGACCCAAAAGAUGUGGCUCGAGUGGAGAGCAAAACUGUGAUAGUGACCAAGAAGCAGAGAGACACAAUCCCCAUCCCUGCUGCAGGCGUGAAAAGCCAGCUGGGUAACUGGAUGAGUGAGUCUGACUGGCAGAAAGCCAGAGAGGAGCGUUUCCCUGGCUGCAUGGCUGGUCGGACUAUGUAUGUGAUUCCCUUCAGCAUGGGUCCUGUAGGUUCAACUCUGACUAAAUAUGGGGUCCAGGUGACCGACUCACCGUACGUUGUGGCCAGUAUGGGUGUCAUGACGCGUAUGGGCACUCCUGUUCUCAAUAAACUAUCUGAGGGAGUGGAGUUUGUACGCUGUCAGCACUCCGUGGGGCGACCUUUACCACUUACAGCUCCUCUGGUCAACUCCUGGCCCUGCAAUCCAGAAAAAGUGCUGAUAUCUCACCUGCCGGACACCAGGCAGAUCCUGUCCUUUGGCAGUGGCUAUGGAGGAAACUCUCUCCUUGGGAAAAAGUGUUUCGCGCUCCGCAUUGCAUCCCGCAUCGCCAAGGAUGAAGGCUGGCUGGCUGAGCACAUGCUGAUCCUAGGAAUCACCAGCCCUCAGGGGGUGAAGCGUUACAUCGCAGCUGCCUUCCCCAGCGCCUGCGGUAAAACCAACUUGGCCAUGAUGAAACCGGCUCUAGCAGGCUGGAAGGUUGAGUGCGUGGGUGAUGACAUUGCCUGGAUGAAGUUUGACAGCCAAGGUAAACUGAGAGCCAUCAACCCAGAGAACGGUUUCUUUGGCGUGGCCCCGGGCACUUCCAACAAGACCAACCCCUACGCCAUGGCUACUAUUGCUAAAAACACUGUGUUCACCAACGUUGGUGAGACCAGCGAUGGGGGAGUGUGGUGGGAAGGGCUCGACCCCCCUCCUGCUGGCAUCACACUCACAGACUGGCAUGGCAAAACCUGGAAGCAAGGAAGCUCGACACCCUGCGCCCACCCCAACUCCCGCUUCUGCGCACCAGCGGCUCAGUGUCCCAUCAUUGACCCAAAGUGGGAGAGUGAGGAGGGCGUCCCCAUUGAUGCCAUCAUCUUUGGUGGCAGGAGGCCUGAAGGAGUCCCUCUGGUCUAUGAGUCUUUCAACUGGCAGCAUGGAGUGUUUAUUGGAGCUGCAAUGAGGUCUGAGGCCACAGCAGCUGCUGAGCAUAAAGGCAAGGUGAUCAUGCACGACCCCUUUGCCAUGCGGCCGUUCUUCGGCUACAACUUUGGUGACUACCUCGCUCACUGGCUGAGCAUGCAGAGCCGUAAGGCCCCCACUCAGCUGCCCAAGAUCUUCCAUGUCAACUGGUUCAGAAAGGACCCGGCAACCGGUGCCUUCCUCUGGCCUGGCUUCGGUGAGAACGCCCGCGUGCUGGAGUGGGUCUUCAAACGCUGCAGCAGGGAGAGGGAGGACGAGGCAGCCAAGAAGAGCAUCAUCGGCUGGGUGCCACAAGAUGGCGCCAUCGACACUAAAGGUCUGGGCAGCAAGGUGGAUAUGGGCGCCCUGUUUGACGUGCCCAAGCCUUUCUGGCAGAAGGAGACCCAGGAGCUGAGAGCCUACUUCAAUCAGCAAGUUGGAGCUGAUCUGCCAGGGCAGGUGGAGGCUGAGCUGAAGGCGCUGGAGGACAGAGUGCACAAUUAAAAAGCCUCCUGACAAGAAGAAACACAGAAGCAGGGAAGCAGGAUUCACAUCAUGAAAUUGUAAUCAGAGCUACUGACUGGGUUUACAUACACAGCAGAUUUAUGGAUGAGUUAAAAAAAAAUGGGUAGACUGUGUCUUACUUUGAGGGUUCAGUCAUAAAACCAAUAAUAAUAAUAAUAUGAAUAUCUAACUUUCCCUGUGCAUGAAAACACGGUCAGUGACUCCUGCAACACUGGAGGCUGGUGCUGGGUUGGUAGGAGGAACAUUGUAGUGGAGUACAAUCAACAGUCCCUUGCAGUGCCUUUAAGAUUUUAACAGUAAAGAGUUCAGGCUGCUAGUGUUUACAGGCUGAAGCCCAAAGAUCUUCUCUUUUAGAAAGAGAGGAUACAGUUGGAACAUUUUUACUGAUUACAAGGUUUUUAAUUAUUAAUCUUUAAAACUUGUCCCACCAGAAUAUUAUUCAAAACUUACCAUCAUUUAUUGUCAUUCAUGGCCUCCCAGAAUAUUUUUAAAAUAUAUAAAUGAAUUAUGUAUAUAUCAAAAAAGAAAAAGCAGUAGGUUAGUUUUUUUUUUUUUUUUUCAGCAAUCAGUGUUUUCAGUGAUGUGAAAACACUGAUUGCUAGAAUAUUUCAUGGUUGGUGGGGUCAGUGUUAAACACAUUGUUGACCAGCUCUCAUAAAAUUUAUGUGAAUUUGAGCUUGAUAUAAGAAAAAAAAAAAAACAGGUCUAUAAACUUUUUAAAAGUGUAGCAGGUUUCCACUGAGGCCAAAGAUCACUAUGCAUUAUUCAUCUCGCCACUUUAGACAUAUUUGUGAUGAAGCUGUAUGAUUUCAGGCAUGCAGUCUGUGAAAUGUUGGACCAAAGCAAGCAACUGAGAUUAUCGGGUAUUUUUAGAAGGUGCACACUGAGGUUUUUAUUACAUUGCAAUGAAUAAACCUCUUCAAAGGCAGAAA